AUGUCUGGUAAAGACGGCGUUGUCGCCUCCGAAAAGGGCGAUUUCGUCCCCGAGUAUGAAGGCACUUCCCAAGUCCUUCCCAAGGAAGCCGGCUCUGCUUAUUCCGAGGAGAGCUUCCUCACUCGCAACGGCCUCACUCUGGACUCUUUCAAGCCGAAGCACUAUGGCGAGGGAAUUGUCGAGCUGGACAGACCGCUGAAGGGGCGCCAUUUGCACAUGAUUGCCAUCGGUGGUUCCAUCGGUGCUGGUUUCUUCGUCGGUUCCGGCGGUGCUCUGUACAAGGGCGGUCCCGGUAGCGUUCUCAUCGAUUUCUUGAUUAUUGGUGUUAUGAUGUUCAACGUCGUCUAUGCUCUUGGUGAGCUCGCCGUCAUGUACCCUGUCUCUGGUGGUUUCUAUACCUAUUCGACUCGCUUCAUCGAUCCUUCCUGGGGCUUCGCAAUGGGCUGGAAUUACGUCUUCCAGUGGGCUGUUGUAUUACCUCUCGAAUUAACAGUUUGCGGUAUCACCAUACAGUAUUGGGAUGAGAAUACAUCGCUUGCUGUUUGGAUUGUCGUCUUCUUGGCCCUGAUCAUCAUCAUCAACGUCUUUGGCGCAAUCGGUUAUGCUGAAGAAGAGUUCUGGGCCUCUGCAUUCAAGCUCGCAGCCACGGUCAUCUUCAUGAUCAUUGCCCUUGUUCUGGUUCUCGGCGGUGGCCCCAAGGACGGCGCCUACAGCACGUACCAGGGAGCCAAGCUUUGGUACAACCCCGGUGCUUUCAAGAACGGCUUCAAGGGUUUCUGCUCCGUCUUUGUCACCGCUGCCUUUGCCUUCUCCGGUACUGAGUUGGUCGGCCUGGCCGCCGCGGAAUCUAAGAACCCCGUUCGCGCUCUUCCCGGUGCUAUCAAGCAGGUCUUCUGGCGUAUCACCCUCUUUUAUAUCCUCGGUCUUUUCUUUGUCGGCCUUUUGAUCAACUCUGAAGACAAGGCGCUGCUGUCCAACUCCGCCUACGCCGAUGCCAAAGCUUCGCCGUUCGUUCUUGUUGGAAAGUAUGCCGGCCUCAAAGGAUUCGAUCACUUUAUGAACGUCGUCAUUCUCGUUUCCGUUCUCUCCAUUGGUGUUUCUGGCGUUUAUGGUGGUUCACGCACCCUGACUGCCCUUGCCCAGCAGGGAUACGCCCCUAAGAUCUUCAGCUACAUUGACAGAUCUGGCCGUCCUCUUUUCUCGGUUCUUAUCAUCAUUGCCUUUGGCUUCCUCGCCUUCGUCAGCUUGGCCACCUCGGGUGCCGUUGUUUUCGACUGGUUGCUGGCUCUCUCUGGCCUCGCCGCUCUGUUCACCUGGGGCUCGAUUUGCCUGGCUCACAUUCGAUUCCGCUCUGCUUGGAAGUACCACGGCCACACUCUUGAUGAGAUCCCUUUCAAGGCCGCUGGUGGUGUCGCCGGUUCCUGGCUGGGUCUCUUCUUGAUUUUUAUCGUCCUCAUUGCCCAGUUCUAUACUGCCGUCGCGGCACCCAUCGGCGAAUCUGGUCUCGGCACUGUUGAAGGCUUUUUCAAGUCGUACCUUGCACUUCCUGUUGUGCUCUUCUUCUGGGCUUGUGGUUUCUUGUGGAAGCGUACAGGAUGGCUCACCCUCGCCAAGAUGGAUGUCGACACUGGCCGCCGUGAGCUGGACUGGGAGGAGAUCAACGCCUAUCGGGCAAAGAUUGCUGGCUACCCCGCUUGGCGCCGUCUUCUUCACCACACCUUCUAA